AAAAAAAAAAGAGAUUUCGUGUUUUCCUCUAAAUGAGAAUAAAUAUAUUUACGAGAAAAUAAUUUUUUAUAAUCAUUAUUAUGUUAUUUUUCUUUUAUAUUAAAUUACUUUAUUGAUAAUAAGCGCAAUGAGUGAAGAACAAAGUGAGUUAUUUAAAUAAACGAUAAAAUAUGUAGUAAUUUUGAUAAAUAGAAAGAAACAACAUGUAUACAGUUUUAUUAAAAGACAAAGUUUUUAAUAGCUUGUAAGUUAUAUUCUAAUGGGAAAGUUAUUUGUUUUGUUUAUUAAACUCGAGUUUAAAUGAAUAGAUCAUCUGUAACUUGAGAAUUAUUCUUAUAAGAUUUUAUCAAUUUUAAAUAUUUAUAUGUAGUGAGCGACGGAAUGGAAACUUAUUCAACAGAUGCAUUUGAUAAUAAAGAAAAUGCUGUCAUUCAGUCACUUGAUGAUAAUCCAGAUCGAAAUUUACCAUUAAAUGAAUAUAGAUCACCAUCAGUAAUGUCAAGACAAGAAAAACAACCAGUAUCCAUGUAUACACUUGGAAAUGGGUAUCAACAAAUUCCAUCGAAAACUUUACCACAAAAAUCUGAACCUAAAGUUUAUUAUAUUGGUUCAAAACAAACUGAAAACACACCAUCUCCUAUCAAACAAGGAAAACAAUCAGAUGUUCCAAUCGUUUUCCUGGAACCUCAGAUUAUUUCUCAACCAAUAUUAUAUAGUAUUAUUGGUGAAAAAUCUACUCCAAUAAUUGAUAAACCAAUUCCUGUAAGUGAAGAACAACCUUCACCUAUAAUCUAUUCAAUAAAUGAUCGUCCUCGCACUGUCGAUCUAAAUACCAAUAGUGUAGAAGAUCCAGUUCUUUAUAAAGAUAAAUCUCCUACACUUUAUUCUUGGGUUGGUAAUUCAUAUGUUCAAGAUAAAGUUAUUCCAGAACCACCUAAAACACUCGUACCACCAUCUCCAAGUGUUUACACACUCAUUGGAAGUCCAGCACGUACAUCACGUGGUACACAAUUAGGUCGAAGUAGUCCUAUUGAACCAGUACCAAUUCUAUAUACAAUUGUUGAUGAUACAUCAACUUCAACUUCAACAUAUAAAACAAAAGAAAAGCACUCACAUCCACCACCACCAGCAAAUGAACCUGCCGUAUAUACAGUAGAGAAGGAAUCUAAUGUAUAUAAAACUCCAAUACUUUAUGCAUUAGUUGGUAAACAAAUUUCACCUCCAUUAGAAGAUAAUCGAUUAAAACUACCUGCAAGAAAACCAACACCAUCACCACCAGUUACAGUUUCUACUAAUAAACGUAUAAGUCGUAGUCCCGAACGAAGGUCAAAUAUAAUAACGGAGGAAAUUAUAGCAUAUCCAGUAACAAAAACUGUAUAUCUACAACAACCAAAAGAGUCAACAAAUCCAAAAUCAGAAUUAAUAGUUACUCCUUACAAUGAAGAAGAACGUCGUAUGCGUCCUCAGAUAAUUCAUCAAACACCUACUUAUACAAAUCAAGAUCAAUCAUAUCGUAAACUGAAUACUAUACCAAAAUAUCCAUCAGUUCAAUUACCUGAUUAUCAAUCACCAUAUGCAAAUCGAACACACAAACCAUAUCGUGAACAAAACUACAAUAAUAAUAAUAAUACCUUACCUGCUAUUUCACAUAAUCAUGCCCAAAAAAAAGAAAGACCACCACUUUAUGAACCACGUUAUCGUGUUGAACGACAUCAUCCAUAUGUUCCAUUAAAACCAAUCACUUUAGCAAGAUACCCAGUUAAUACAAGAUCACGUGCAAAUCUAUGGGAUAAUGCUUAUCAAACAGAUGAUGAUGAAGAAUAUGAGCAAAAACUUAAUAAGAAAAAUCGUGGUUAUAAAACCAAUCGACCUCGUUUACCAUGGAUACCUGUUUGGUAA